CUCUUAAACAAGACGCGUUAUGGACCCUAUUAUUAAGACACCAGCCCGAUUGGAUCUAGUGGUGUUCGGCGCCAGCGGAUAUACGGGCAAGCAUGUGGUCCAAGAGUUAGCUCGCAUUUGUCGAAGCUACCCCGGGUUCACCUGGGCAGUUGCUGGUCGGAACCGGGAACGUUUGGAAAUGGUACUCAGGGAUGCCGCUAAGAAAAGUGGUUCAGACUUAUCUUCCGUAAGGAUCAUAAUAGCUGAUGUGGACGACGAAGCGUCGCUGAUGUCGAUGUGUCAGCAGGCCAAGCUGGUGUUGAACUGCUGCGGACCCUUCGUGAAGUUCGGACAGCCGGUGGUCGAGACGUCUAUUCGCUACGGAGCGCAUUAUGUAGAUGUCAGUGGCGAGAAACUGUUUUUGGAGAUUCUACAGCAGAAAUACGACCAAAUGGCGCGAGAGGCGGGGGUCGCCGUGGUCACCACGUGUGGCCUCAGCAGUGUUCCGGCUGAUCUGGGCGUUAUAUAUUUGCAAAACAAUUUUGGCGGUACACUGAAUUCUGUCGAGUCGUAUUUAAUAAUGCAUUUUCCACAAAAGCUGUUGGCUGAAAGGACAAAAGGUGUCGUUCGCUACAGCAGUUGGGAGUCCAUGAUAAAUAGCAUGGCCGCUAUGCCUUUGAAGGAACAUAAAAACUCAUUGACACCGCAGUUUGUACCUGAGCUGAAACGUAGAUGUCUCGUCCACAAAAGAUUGAACAGAUGGUGUCUUCCUUUCCCGGGCACUGACGCAGCGGUAGUUGACAUAACCCAACGACAUUUACUAUCUGCAGAACAAAAGCGACCAGCUCAGUACAAAGCCUAUAUAACUUUCUCAUCUAUUUGCACCGCGUUUGGUGUAGUUUUGGCCGGCGCCUUACUGUUUAUGUUUAGCAAAAUACCGUGCUUGAGGAAAUUGCUAUUAAAUUAUCCGAGGAUCUGCUCGUUUGGAAUAGUGACGUAUGACCACCCUGAAGAUGGGGUAAUGGAUGAUAUGUGCUUCCAGUAUGAGAUGUUUGGGGAGGGUUGGGUGACAGGGGAUGAUGUUGAACAAACUCCACCCAGCAAAAAGGUCGUAGGUAGAGUGAGUGUCUCCGGAGCGGACCCCGCGUACGUGGGCACAGCUGUAGUUGCAAUUUUCUGUGCACUCGCCAUUCUUCAGGAGCAGGACAAAAUGCUGAAUAGCAGCGGUGUCAUGACGCCCGGUGUUGCGUUCCGGAACACAAGCUUAAUUAAAAAUCUACAGGAAAAUAAUGUUAAAUUCGAAAUUAUC